GCUGAACACAGAUAUUGCCGGACAAAAAUCCAUUUGCACAGCGUUCCUUGUGGGUGACUGCAAGAAAAAGGGAUGCAAACAGGUCCACUCAGAUCUUCCUUACAUAUGGCAGGUGAAGCUCUGGGAUGAGUGGAGGAAGUUUUCAUGCCAAGAAACUGUCGAAGAACUGUUUUCCAAACCAGAUAAGAAUGCAACGAAUCAAAUUUUGUACAAUGAUUUGACAGGGGACUGUAGGUCUGCUACAUUCAAUAUUAUAUUCGAACCCCUGCACGCCACGUGUAUUGACUCAACCGGUAAAAGAACGAUUAUCGAAGUUCGCAGAUUAUCGACAAAAUCAUAUGCGUUCGGGAAAGCGCUAGGCUCAGAACCGUUCAGAACUGAAUGGAGGUGGUACUUAGAAUUUACUCCCGGCGAAUGGCACCUUAUGGAACCGGAUUAUCUCCAACUGACGGUGGAGACAAAAUAUUUAGCGAAGCAGGUAACAUGGCUGUAUACGCGAGAGAACUUUAAAUCAAAGUACCAACUGAACUUUGAUCGCAAUGAUCAGUUAAACCUUGGCUCUCAAGUCUGCAGAAAUAUUCGACGAAGACCGCUGUUUGUUUCAGAAAAUGACGUGAAACAGCAAAUAAGCCCAAGCAAACUAACUGCUACGCCGUCGGCGCAAGUAGACCUUCCGUGCGGAUGGGUACCAUGGGACUACUUUCAAUCGUUUGAAUGGGUGAAACUCUCCUUGAAAGACGAUGAUUAUAAGCGGGUUUCGGAGAAUUUCUAUAAGACGCUGGAUCCAAGCAAACAGAUCAUAGACGAUAUCUUCCGUGUACAGAAUCAUGUGUUGUGGUCAACAUUCAGCAAUCACUUGGAGAGGGUAAUGAAGCCAAAGAAGAUACGACUUGGCGACCUUUCCCCGGUGACUACGCUGGACCUGUAUCAUGGCACCGACAACCUGGAAGCCGUGCGAGGCAUCAGCAUCAACAACUUCGACUCGAGGACGUCGGGCAAAAACAUGACGCGAUUCGGCGACGGAGCAUACUUCGCAACAGACGCCAAGUACUCGCAUGAAUACACCAAAGGUCCGCACAGGUUUAUGUUCCAAGCCAAGGUGUUGGUCGGAGAAGCCACAGAAGGGAAACCAGAAUAUCGACGACCACCAAGCAGGCCGGGCAUGGAUCAUGAGUUGUAUGACUCGUGUGUGGAUGUGCUGAAGAAUCCGAGGACAUAUGUCUUGUUUGAGAAAGCCCAAUGCUACCCGGAGUUCAUCAUACACUACCACAGCAUCGGCGACCUGAAGAACACACCGGCUCAAGAUGCUACUGAACUUACGUCUUGUUGCCUGUUGUAGAGCGUAAAGACAUAGUUAGACAUAUAGUUGAACUCAAAGAUUGUAAAUCAUGGCUGAUAAUAGCUUUGUUAGUUUAAGACAGGUAAAUGAAAGAAAUGUAGCAUUGUUCCCGUGUGGAAUUGUUAAUUAUGAAAAUAAGACAUUGCGAUUUAUUAAAGGUUAACUUAACGUUUUUGAAAGAAUACUUUUAGAUUUUUGAUUAUACUUAUUUAUAAAUUGAUAUUGUUCCAAACAGUAAUGUGUUUAGGUUUCACUUAACAUUGAUGCGAUAAUUUGUGAUUUUUGUUAGAUUGUUAUUGAUUAACACAUGCGUUUUUUCUCAAACUAAAGAACGUGUAUCCGGAACUGCUGUAAAUACUUAAACAAAAUAGUAAACAUAGUGUUUGUGUGUCUUCAAGUGUUGUCUGGAUCUGUUUUACGAAAUAUAUAUAUAGUCCUAAUAUUUGCAUUUCUGCUUAUGUUUGUUUUGUUCUUUAGUUGUUAUGAUUGUGUUGUUCAUAUGUUCUAUUUAAACUAAAGAAAUAUGUGUAAUUGAGUGAAUCGAUUCUGCCCAACUGAAAAAUAACGUAGUGUUCGUUAGCAUUCAAAGGGUAUUAUAAAAGUUGAUAUCUUUUGCGAAUUUAUAUACAUUUUUUUCUAUGAGCUUAAAUAUUGAAGUUGUUUUUCAAUCACUGUUUUGAGUGGCCGUAUAAUUGUAUUUGGUGUAUAUAUAAACAUGCAAAAUUACUUAUAAAAUAGAAAAGCACAAAAAGAGAAAAAAAUAAACAGGAACAAUUAAAAUAGUCCUGUCAUCAAUAAUUUACAUGUAUAACUAUUGAUUUUUUAUAACCAUUAAUUUGUUCAAUGUAUGUUCCAUAUGAUGUUACAAACUGUUAUAUGAAGGUGUAUUUGUUUUAUUACAUUAUUAUUAAUUGUUUGUAAUACAGUGUUGUAAAUACCGUGACACGCGAGUUUAAGAGAAAAAUUCAUUGCAGUCUAUAGUUAAUAUAUAAACUACUUCACGUUAAAGGGGGGUGUAUGAUACUUUUCAGUAAUGGUCUACAUCUUAUCGAGUUAAAAGGGGGAACGCGUACAUGCCGAAAAUUGUCUUCAUGAUAACAGGUUUAAUGGUAUUAAUCUUGCAUAACGGUUGUUGUCUUUAUUUAUAUGAAUAAAGGGGUGAAGGGCAGAAAUGUUCUGCAUGUCAAUGCCAAUGGCAUUACGGACGAAAACGAGUCAAAUGUGAAAUAUCAGGGGAAAAAAAGGAGUGUAUAGUGCAAUAAUGCAUUAUUGAGUUUGACCAAAUGAAAAUGGAAUAGAUAAACGUGAACUAUUUUUAUGCGAAAGAAGGCACAUCUCGCAUUUUGCUGUAGUCGAGAAAAUUUGGUGGAGGGGUGGGGUGGGGGGUCUUACAUGUAAUUGUGGUAAACGGAAAUUGUUUUAAAUUAUACGAUUUUAUAAGUUAAGAAAAGUAUAUAUUUAAUUACAUUAAUUGUUGUUAUGUAAACAAAUGCAAGGGGUGAAAUAGAAUGCUUUAAAGCAUAGUUGAAAUAAAAAUUUAGUGCAGUGGGAUGUAUAAUGCAUUAUUGAAUAUGUCUUGCAUUAUUCUUCGCGUUCGAUGUGAAUGAAAGGUCAUCUUGUUAAUCCAGGGACCCAUGUUUAAGCAGCGUUUACCUAAGCGCGAAUGUUCUAGAAUGUUCUAGACAUGCACUGCCGAUGUACAGUACAUGCAAACGUGUUUUUGAAGAAACUACUGUCUUACAUGCAUACAGAUUGAGCAGUAGUACAGUAGUUAUUAUUAUGCAUUUAUUUGUCGGCAGUUCUAUGUCAUAUAAUUGGCUGCCUACGACAAACAGGUGCGCUGAUAAUACAGCCACAAAAAGGCGAAUGUAUCGAAAACAAAGCCUAUUAAAAUACAAAAUACUUACGCUUUUGAUGCAACUACAAAGAGGCGAAUGCAGCGUAAACAUCGCAUAUUUGUGUCUUGUUCUGGGAAAACUGGGCAAAAUGCAUGUGCGUAAAGUGUCGUCCCAGAUAAGCCUGUGCACUGCGCACAGGCUAAUCAGGGACGACAUUUUCCGCUUUAAUGGUAUUUUUCGUUUAAAGGAAGUCUAGUUUAAGCGGAAAGUGUUGUCCCUGAUUAGCCUGUGCGGACUACACAGGCUAAUCUGGGACGACACUUUACGCACAUGUAUUUUGCCCAGUUUUUUUCAGAACAAGACACAUGUUAAAAAUUACCAAAACUCUUGCGCUGAUAAUACAGUUGCAAACAGGCGAAUCAAGCGUUAAAAAAACUCAUCACGAGUUGAAAGCAAACGCUUUUUAGAUUUAUUGUUGAUCGUUAUGCAUAAUCAUUUGAAAUAGUAUUGAUGUUGGUGAUUGCUAUGAGCGAAUUAUAUGUGGAUUUUAUUAUAUAUCGUAUAGAACGCGCUUUUAAGAAGAAAGUAGUCCAAAAUGUAAAGCGCGCUCGUACGGGCUUUGAUAUUUUAUAAAGAAAUAUGAAAGUAAUUAUUGUUUGACAUAUUUGCACACAUCUUGCACGAACAACAUGAUGAACCUAGUGUUGUUAGUUUCUUUGGAUUUCUGCUGUGUACUCCAAGAAAUUACACAUUCAUUAGAAAUCCAUUGAAAUCAAUCAUUUUGCUUGAUUUGAAAGACGUUUCAAAUGCCAUUUCUGAAUGUAAUACGUAUAUUUGAAAUUUAUUUUUCAUUUUUGGGUACUUUAAGCUGAUGCUGGCAUGUGUUAACAUGUUCGUUUACCUCCGGUAGUGAGCUAUUAUUUUACCUGUGGGUACUUUGUUGUUGUUGUACACUCAACAAAAAUAUAUUUGUGUUAUUAUAUUAUACUAGUAUGUGACCGAAGGCACGUUUUUGCUGAUUUUGCCAUGAAACUGAAACGGAAAACAUUAAACUGAAGUUAAAACGCAUCAAAUGGAAAUUAAUGAAAAUUGAUUAUUUUCCGUUAUGUCUUAUUUAGGACGUUUGAACUGUAAGCGUUGGUUAUUCAUGCAUGUGGUUCUACCACAAUAUUGAACAAUUCGUAAUUGCUUCAUUAUGCCACAGCUGAUAUUUUUAUUCAAAGUUGUUUGUUUAUUCGGCAUUCUGUCUUUUGGUCAAAUACAUCUUAAUAAAUAAAUAAAAAAUUGCUCUUGAUGUCAUAUAAAUUGUGUAAAGUAUGUAUGAGUUACUUAGUUUCCUUCUGUAUGAAAAUCCUCUGCGAAUGAAUUCAUUAGAGACAUUUUGAUUUGUCAUUUUGUAAUACGACAAUGGAACUAUGUUUGUGUUUAUUAACGUUGGUAUGUUGUUCAGAAAUAUCCAUGUAAAAAUGGAUUAUGUUUGCUUCAUGUAUGUAAAGAGUACGUCUUUAUUGUUUUUUCAUUAGAUUCUUUAAGUGUGAAAUAUUGAUUGUCUUAUUUGCAAAAGUGAUUGUUACAAAACUGUUUUAGUUAAAGACAUACAGUAUAUAACUUUUAAGCGUUAGAAUGGUUUCUAUGGUAACUCUUAAGAAAAAUGUUUAAAAAAUAAAUUCCUAUUCAUAUAUCAUUAUAUCAUAUGAAUGAGUGUGAUAUCUCUCUCGUGCAAAAUGAACAAAGUUAUUGUUAUAAAUCAAUAAGCUUGGCUGCAAGCGAUCUUGGCUUUUUUCCCUGGCUAUAUAGAGAUUAUAAUACGCAGUUAUUUAUGCUUUAACCAUUCCGCUUUAUUUGCCUUUAUCAAGUAAAGAGCAUCAGAAGUGAAACUACGUUUUUGAAUUAAUUAAUUUAACCAGCUAUAUUGAUUGUCUUAUUUCUAGAUUUAUAACCUUAACAGACGUGAAUUCAAUUUAAUACUUUUAAAACUAAUUGUAAUUUGAUCGUUGUCUUCAUGUGAACUAAGACCGAUAAGGAUUGAUAAUGCUGGACUGAAUAAUUGAUAAUUUACCUUGUUUUCUUAUCGUAAAGAAAAUGUGUGAUAAGCAACUGAUUUAAUACUUCAAUUAACCCAUUUAUGCCCAGUGGACUCUCCCAUCCUUCUAAAUUGGAUCAAUUUAUUUCUAAAAUUAGGGGUGCCAAGUAUAUUUAUUUCUAUAUUUAGAAUAUUUCAUAAAGAAAUUCAUUUAAGCAAACAGCGCAGACCCAGAUGAGACGCCGCAUUAUGCGGCGUCUCAUCUGGGUCUACGCUGUUUGCAAUGUCCUUUUUUCAGGACGCUAGGCAUAAAUGGGUUAACUAUUCAAAGCAGACACAUAGAUUGCUACAUUACUUGUGCAAACUUAUUUCCAUUAGCCAGCAUUAAGAAAUAAGAAGCAUAAACAAGUUAAAAAAACAACAACAACUAUCUACGCAUUUUUUCUUAAACUAGACGACUACCUACAAAGCCAAUGCCAUUCAUUGAGGUAAAACAUCAAAACACAGCACUUAGUCAAUGUGACUGACUCAAGCUCUACCAUCAAAUUGCUUUGAAGUAUUUAUAUAUAAAGAAACUAUUUACAAAAAUAGCAUUAAGAAUAUAUACUGAACAGAGAACAUUUUGAUGAACGGUUUGAAAUUCUUCACGGGUCAUUGUAUGUACACCUAUUUUAGAAUUCAUAGAAAACAUCUUUUUUUCAUGUCAGCUUAAGAGUAUGUUUAAUCUUUAAACGGGGAAUCUGUCUCAAAUACCAUAAAUAACUACAUGUCGGUUAUAAUCAUAUAUUUAUCAGAUCAUACAAUAAGCAUAUUUUAUGUUAUCACAUGUACACAUUUUAUAUUGCAAUUUUGAUUUAGAAACUAUGUAGGUUUUGGUGUGUUUGUGUGCGUUGUAUUUUGUUUGUUUUUCUUUUGGUUCUAUUACACGAGUUACCUUAAUAUCAUUAUAUUAGCAGGCAUGUUUUAAGGGUAAUCGCUUCCCACAAUUGCACAUGUAUUUUGGUAAAAUGGUUUAUUUUUUAUUUUAAGUAAAUUCUUUCGUUGGUAAACAUGAUGUAGUUUAAUUAACCACUAAGAGUUGAGUGUUAAUCACCAACCUAAUAAUUGGUAAUUUGUUUAAAGUAAACACAUUCUUAGUUAUUAAAACCAUUUAUAUUUUAUAGCAAGAACAUUAUUAAUGAAUUUCAUCGUUCGAGAGAUGGUAGAACUAAUCUGUGAAUUUUAGCUCUACUGGCCGAAAGCCUGAAGAGCUUAUGUCAUGGCGUGGUUUCCGUCGUCCGUCCGUGCGUGCGUGCGUGCGUUAGACUUUUUCUUGUUUACGCGAUUAAGUCCACAGUUUUCAUCCGAUUCUUUUCAAACUUGUUCAGUGUCUUUAUAUUAAUGAGGACUCGAACCCUAUUGAAAAUGGGUUACAUCAGAGUAAAAAAGCCAGAAUUAUCUCCCCUUGAAUUUGAGAAAAUUGUGAAAUAAGGCUUGUUUACGCAAUAAAGUCCACAGUUUUUAUCCAAUUAUUUUCCAACUUGCACAGUGUCUUUAUCUGAAUGAUGAGUCAAACCCUAUUGAAAAUGAGCAAUAUUGGAGUUAUAAGUCCAGAAUUAUCUCCCCUUGAAUUUGAGAAAAAAAAUGAAAAUUCAGUUGUUUUUUAUGUGAUAAAGUCCAUAAUUUUCAUCCAAUUCUUGGCAAACUUCCACAGUGUCUUUGUAUCAAUGAGGACUCAAACCCUUUUGUAAAAAGAGCAAUAUCGAAGCAAUAAUUCCAGAAUGACUCCCCCUUAUAUAUGAGAAAAUUUUGAAAUCCCGCUUGUUUACUCAAUUAAUUCCACAGUUUUCAUCCGAUUAUUUCCAAAUUUGCACAGUAUCUUUAUAUCAAUGAGGACUUAAACCCUAUUGAAUAUGAGCAGUAUCGGAGAAAUAAGUACACAAUAAUCUCCCCUUGAAUUUGAGAAAAUUCAAACGUGUUCAGUGUCUUUAUAUUAAUGAGGACUCGAACCCUAUUGAAAAUGGGUUACAUCAGAGUAAAAAGUCCAGAAUUAUCUCCCCUUGAAUUAGAGAAAAUUGUGAAAUAAGGCUUGUUUACGCAAUUAAGUCCACAGUUUUCAUCCAAUUAUUUUCCAACUUGCACAGUGUCUUUAUCUGAAUGAUGAGUCAAACCCUAUUGAAAAUGAGCAAUAUUGGAGUUUUAAGUCCAGAAUUAUCUCCCCUUCAAUUUGAGAAAAAAAACUAAAAAUUCAGAAAUUUUUAUGUGAUAAAGUCCAUAAUUUUCAUCCAAUUCUUGGCAAACUUCCACAGUGUCUUUAUAUCAAUGUGGACUCAAAUUCCAGAAUGACUCCCCCUUAUAUAUGAGAACAUUUUGAAACUCCGCUUGUUUUCGCAAUUUAUUCCACAGUUUUAAUCCAAUUAUUUCAAAAUUUUUACAGUAUCUUUAUAUCAAUGAGGACUUGAACCCUAUUGAAUAUGAGCAGUAUCGGAGAAAUAAGUACACAAUAAUAUCCCCUUGAAUUUGAGAAAAUUCUCCUUGUUUGCGCGAUUAAUUACACAGUUUCCAUCUUAUUCUUUCCAAACUUGCACAGUGUUUAGAGCCGUAAAGCGAUUCAGGCCCUUAUGGGCCUCUUGUUUCAACUAGUAUGUGCACUAUAUGCUUUAAACCUGUAUCUGCUCUUUUCGUCUUAAUAAAAUAUGAUACGUCGUUA